GUACGUAACGUAGCGGUGUUCGCGUAGCUGCUUACGGCUCCAAUGAAAACGGUAUGUAACAUCACUACCUACACAGCACAACGGCGGAAAGAACGGGAGGUAGGCAAGGGUGAGAAUAGUUCUCCCCUAGAGUCCCUCGCAAAUCGGAGUUCGAGUGUUCCAGAGAGCUCGUCGAUAAACGCCUCGCGGGAACGAGGAAGCGGGAAACGAGAACGUAAAGUAGACAGUUCAAGGCAGGGAAAUGUAACGCGCGAGACUGAAAAGAAUGAAUCGUCACAGAACCAUCGUUCUUCCACCUACCUCAGUACAGGGGUCACUUCUUUACCUACAGAUCUCUCUGUACUUGACGACUUGACGUUGACGAAUACAGCAGGCAGCAGUCGUCGAUGCACCAUCGUGUUCGAUAGUAUUGUUGCAAUGGCCGCUCCGGCGAAAAAACGUGAUAUUUCGGAAGAUUUGCACGAGGAACACGACGAUGAGGAGGACCGCGACUCGUCCGCGUGCGAGGACGACGGAGAUGAGCAGGGAAUGGAAAUUCAAGUGGAUUUUGAGGGUCGUAAUCCACAGGAUCCAGAUUACCAUGGGAUCAAGAUAUUGCUGCAACAACUUUUCCUCAAAGCUCAUAUCGAUUUAGGUGGACUUACAGACUUAAUAAUAACUCAAAAUUAUGUGGGAUCUGUUGUUAAACAGUCCAGUGAUAUGGAAGAUGAUAAUGAUGACGACGACGACGACGAUGUUAAUGACGUAUUCGGUAUUACAACUGUUAUUAAUGUCUCAGACAGGCAGAACCUUCCAUGCAUACAACAACUUAGAGAUUUAUUGAAGCAAUUAGCAAGUGAACACGCCACAGAUGCUACUAACACCAUGAUAAAGAAUGUGCUGGAGAACGAUGUAGCCCAAUUGGGUUUGCUCAUUAACGAGAGAUUCGUUAAUAUUCCGGCACAAAUUGCGGUACCGUUGCUUGAAAAUCUAGUCUCCGAAGUGAAACGUGCCAACAGCAAGAACAUGCCAUUUAACUUCUCUUACUACAUACUUAUCUGCAAGCUGUACAAGUGGGAAGAUAAUAAGAAAAUUGGGAGGAAAACGAAAAACAAGAACAAAAAUGCCGACAACGAACCGACCAUAUUGUGGAGCAAUCGGGAGGAAGAGAUUUUCGCGGAAGAAGCGACUGUUAGUUUCGAGUUCUCCGUGGAAAAAGACUCGGACACCGGUUUGUCCGGCAUGUGGACUGAAACGGACGAGGAAAUGGUACCUUACAGACGCGUUCUUCUCUUUGAAGCUUCGAAGUUGCAAUCUAUCAUUGACAAAAUAAAGAGUCAGGUGUCCUAAUCAUACACGCGAGCGGGAGUAGUAUCGACGAUACAGCUGAUUCCCCUCCCUGGCAAACUUCCUUUUCGCAAUAAUACGAAAGGGAAAAGGAUGUGCUUCUCAGAGACAAUUUCUUUUAUACUUUGCGUGCGCGCACAAGCGCGGACGCGACGACAUGUGUAAUUGUGAUGGCACGUGUUUUUUUUAUGAAGCUUUAUAUAAUACACCUUCUAUGUAAUGCUUA